AUGGCGGCCGAAAUCAUCAGUUUGCUCUCCUCUAGUCCGGCCGUUGGGGACCAACCGGCACAUUCACCAUGUCCUCCUGCACAGCCCGCGGUUACUGCCGCCACGGAGGCACUGACUUAUGACGAUGACGAUGUAUUCGACUUGACGGCCGAUUCUCCCGAGUUCGCCCCACAAUCCUUGCCCCAACCCGGGCUACCGAAGGCUGCGUGCUCCCCUGGAACGGCACCUCGGGCAAAACGACCACGAGAAGAACAAGCUCCUGAGACCGCGCCCGUCUACUUCAACUCGGACGACUUCGACACAACUGUAGAUCUAGAAAGUAGCCUACCCAUCGACGAAGACGUGCAUGGUGGGCCACGGAACACCAAGAGGUCGCGACUGUCGCUUCCUCGAAGCGGAAGUACUACGUCGAUCAAUCAAUCGCAUUCUCUCGCAGACCAGCCGGGACAUCCGCCCGUCAAGCAACCGAACGGUCUGCGGCGAGUUCACACGUUGGAAGAUCCAAUCGAGUUCUCUAGUUCACCCGGAAUUGCAUCCCGACCGACAACGAUUGCACAACUGGCCAGCGAAGGCCUAGAGUCCGACGACCCAUUCGCUGCGCUGCCACCCUCCGCCCAGCUUCCACCCUCCGCCCAGCCUGUACCGAGCAGAGAGAGCCCCCCGAGGGUUGCUCCCACCGCUGUUGCCAGUAUAGACUAUGACUUGAGCUCCGACGACCCUUUUGCAAGCUCGCCCCGCGCUCCAGCAAAGCCAGCCCCAAAGCCGUGCCCGAUAGUCUUGAACGUCGAUGAGGAUGACGAUCCAUUUGCCAGUUCCCCAAGAAGAGUCCCGGUCGAGACGAUGAAAUUUCCAACUAUCGGCAACACUGGAAAUGUGAUACCAAAUGGAAAACAGAAAGUCGCCUCGCCGAGACGAAAGGCCAAUUGGGACCCCAUAUCCAGCUCUGCGCCCGAACACAAGACGAGGAACGAUCCGUUUGAUAGCUCGCCGCCUCCGCCACGGAGGACCUUGACAAAGGCCGUCAGUCUAGUCAUUGACCUCAGCGACUCCGACUCUGCACCCGUUAAUGCCGUCGUCGACUCGGACGAAGAGUUUCCGGACCUCGAUAAUUUCGACGUCACCAAACUCAAAGCCCGGUUAGAUACCAAUACGACGGUCUCUCGAAGCUCGUCCAAGACUGCGCCAAAACCGGCCGCCAAGUCGACAUCUGCCCGAGCCACGGCCAAGAGGUCGACGGAUGAUAAGGCGAGAGACAAAGAGGCAAAGGCCACAGAGCGAGAACGGGAAAGGGAGCGCAAGCGGCAAGAGAAGGAGGCGGCCAAGGAACAAAGGGCGAAGGAGAAGGAGCGCGCUGCUGCCCUUGCAGAGGUCAACAAAAUCAGGACCGACAAGAAAGUGUCAACGCCGGAAAUGAUUGCGGAUCUUCCAUCGAGCUUAGCCGCCGCUGUCACGCUACAGAUACAGACAUUGCUGAAGGACCUUGACGUCCAGUCUAACAUAUGGGACAGCCCGGUCGGCAAUGUAGUCAAGUGGAGGAGGAAGGUCGCAAGCAGAUUCAACGAUGAGCUCAACCACUGGGAGCCAAUUCCAAUGCGCAUCGAGCCCGACAAGUUCGCUCUCGCCAUCGUUACUGCAGACGAGUUCGUGACUUAUGCUCUCGGACCCGAAGGAAGUGAUCUUGAGGCACACGUCUUGAAGAUGAAGCGCCAUUUCCCGAAGGAGCAGCUCAUUUACCUCAUCGAAGGCCUCAAUCCCUGGAUGAGGAAGAACCGUAACGUCCGCAACCGACAAUUUGCCUCUGCAGUGCGAAAUCAAGGGGAUGAGGCAGAUGCUGACGAUACCUCGACGACGAAUGCCCAAUCACGGCGGAAGAAGAAUAAACAGCCGCAGGAGUACAUUGACGAGGACUCGAUUGAGGACGCCCUGCUCCAGCUGCAGGUCAUGCACAGCGUGCUAAUCCAUCACACGAACGCGGCCGUUGAGACGGCGAAGUGGGUAGCCAUCUUCACUCAGCACAUCUCGACGGUGCCUUACCGCAAGCAGCGCGAGGCGACCAACGCGGCCGGCGCCGGCUUCUGCAUGGAGACUGGCCAGGUCCGCACCGGCGAGGACGUCAAGGACACGUACGUCCGGAUGCUGCAGGAGAUUAUGCGCGUCACGCAGCCCAUCGCCUAUGGCAUCGUGUCCGAGUUUGGGACGGUGCCGGAGCUGGUGAGGGCGUUCGAGGAGCGCGGGCCGUUGUGCCUUGAAAACUGCCGGAAGAGCACGAACAAGGAUGGCGGGUUCUCGGACCGGGCUGUCGGCAAGGCCGUGAGCAAGAGGAUCUACAAGGUGUUUACUGGACGGGAUGAAUGGAGUACGGAUGUGUAG